GGGAAGACUUUAGAUGUAACACAAGAAGUACGGAGUGCGAUAAAGCUCAAGCUUCACAAAGGCGAUAUUCAUUACAAAUCCAAAGAUGUCUGCCACCAGGUACCGUCGGUUCCUGAAGCUGUGUGAGGAAUGGCCCCGUGACGAACUCAAGAAGGCCGGGGAUUUGGGAACGUUUCUGCGGCAGAGAGUAGCUUCUGCCUUCCGUGAGGGUGAAAACACACAGAUCUCAGAUCCAGAGAAGUGUGACCAGAUGUAUGAAAGUUUGGCGCGCAUUAACGAAAACUACUACAGACAACGAUUUCCUCGUGUAAAAGACACAAGCUUUACUGGCGUUACGGUGGAAGAAUGCAAAUUGCUUUUGUCAGGGAAUGUGCAACAGUUGGACGAGGAGAAAAAGGGAUUGUGGAAGAAACUAUCGGAGAGAUUUUCCAAAUCCCCUGAAGAUGUCCCAGAGAAAGCCCCUGAAAAAUAACUUCCUUUUAAUCUUUUCUGACUGUUCCUUUCUUGUCUCGUGCAUGUAUAAAAAUAAAUCUUAUUGUUCAUAUCUUUA